AUGGCUGAGGCGGAGACAGUAAACGGAGCGAAGGAGACCAAAUUAUGGAAAGUUGUAUUCGCUGUUUCCGGCAUUAUGUCUACUCUUGUCAUCUAUGGUCUUCUUCAGAUAAUGAGAGUUCCUUAUGGCUUGAACAAAGAGUUCUUUAAGCACUCUUUGUUUCUUGUUUUCUGCAAUCGCCUCACUACUUCAGCUGUCUCUGCUGCUGCUUUACUGGCGAGCAAGAAAGAUCAUGUAUAUGGUAAUUGGCUAUUAUCUAACAGGUUUGAUGGCUUUACAAGCACAUUCCAAGACAAACUCUUUAAAGGAUAUAAUAUGGAGAUACAUAACCAAAUAUUCUACACAACGCUUUGUUCUUGUGUUCUGAGUUUCACUGGACUUAUAUUGCAAGGCCACUUACUACUAGCUGUAGAUUUUGUUUCUCGGCAUAGAGAUUGUCUACUCGACAUCGCUCUGCUUUCGGUUGCAACAGCGAGCUAGUUCUUCAUUUCUUACACCAUUAGGACAUUUGGUGCUCUAACAUUUGCAGCUAUCACGACGACAAGACAGCAUGCAAGCAUCAUGCUCUCAUGCAUGUGGUUCUCUCAUCCGCGUAGCUGGGAGCAAUGUAUUGGAUCGAUCAUCGGGUCAUUAAACGCGAAAAACUUACUGAACAACAAAAAAUCACAAAACCAACCGCCACCUCCAGAACUUCCCCAAUACGAGAAGGCUGAGGGCUCUUGAGAAGUAACCUUCAAAGGCAGCUAGAAGUAGCUAGUCGUUAGGGAAUUGAAGUAUUUUUUCAUAUUUUGUUUAUUUAACUUUGUUGGAUUAUAUGUACAUGCACUUUUAAAAAAAUUAUAAGUUUAUGUACUUUGAAUUUAUAGCU